CUUUUACUGAUGUGCAUAUUGCGCAUGUGCAGACCUACACACGUGGGGUAAACGUUUGCACGAGCUGCAGCCUUUGGAAGGUUUUGAGACGCAAUUUACCACUUUUGGCGUUCGCUAUACUUAUUUCGAUCCCGUUAAAGGAAUUAGUCCUCCGUGAAGCAUUUCGCCGAGAGGGCCGGAAUAUCAAAGAAAAUCAAAAUGUCAGAACCUGAGGUUAACCCAAAGGCUUACCCGCUGGCCGACGCCACGUUGACCAAAACUAUUUUGGAUUUGGUGCAGCAAGCCUCCAACUACAAGCAGCUGAGGAAGGGGGCCAACGAAGCGACCAAAACCCUGAACAGAGGCAUCGCGGAGUUCAUUGUGAUGGCUGCUGACGCUGAGCCGCUGGAGAUCAUCCUCCACCUGCCGCUGCUCUGCGAGGACAAGAACGUCCCGUACGUGUUUGUGCGCUCCAAGCAGGCGCUGGGCCGGGCCUGCGGCGUGUCGCGUCCCGUCAUCGCCACCUCCGUCACUAUAAAGGAAGGAUCCCAGCUCAAGCCGCAGAUCCAGUCGGUCCAAAUGGCAAUCGAGAGACUGCUGGUGUGAUCUCUGUGCUCAUUUUCUGUUCUCAUUUGAGUUUAUUUACUUUAACAAAAUACUUUUAGGUGUUUAUUUUUUAUUUUUUUGGUGAUCAUAGCAGCUUUGCUUCUAUCAGUGUCCAAAACCAACAUCAUUUCCUAAUAAACAUUUUUUAUUAAUGUAA